GGGUGAAAAAAGUGUUGGUGAUACUGGGGUAGUUACGGAUACCAUAGUUACUGGCUUUAUUGAGAGAUUUAUUCUUCCCCAAAUCGAUACCCAAACACUUGCAAGCAGAGAAUUUCGUGGUCGUGUUAAAAAUCUUAUAGAAGUUCCGGACAAUAAAGCCAAAACAUUCUUAAUCGAUAUAAACGAAAUUGUCAAGAAUUUAGAAGCUGAGAAUGACACACUACUAAGAAAUUUAUUGUUUACAAUAUCUGGACUGCAUAAGUAUCCUUUGAGAGUUAGGCCGCGAUGCAAAUUAUACAUCGCAGGCGAGCCUUAUGUUUCAGCGAGACUCAAAUACGCGAUUAAUAAGGAGGAGGAAAUUGCGAUUAUUGUUGAG